CUGAUUUUUGAAACCUCUUGAUAUAGGAAUCUCUUUAUCUUAUUCUUCAUAGGUGGCAAUAAUUUAUAUAGAAUUGGUGGAUUUCACAUUGCUUUGGGCUCGUAAAGAGUAUCUUUCUUACUUCAGGUAUUGUAAUUACUAUGCUGUCAACCUCCAGUUCAUUUUACGUAUGCUUUUUCUCCUCCAGGUUUUUCGUUGGAAGAUACGUUGCACAUUUAUGGCGAUUCUGAGCGUGAGGGCAGACUUCUGCCAGGCUCAGCACAGCAUUUUCGCUGACAAGUGAGCUUGGAGGUUCUAUGUGCCAUAAUUAACAUUGCCUUGAAGACUCUGGACACCAAGACUGGCCUCAGAAAUAGUUGGCUUUUUUUUUUUUUUUUAUUGCAAGCAUAUUUCUUUUAAUGACUCCAGUAAAAUUAAGCAUCAAGUAAACAAAAGUGGAAGGCGACCUACACUUUUAACUUGUCUCACUAGUGCCUAAAUGUAGUAAAGGCUGCUUAAGUUUUGUAUGUAGUUGGAUUUUUUGGAGUCCAAAGGUAUCCAUCUGCAGACAUUGAGGCCCAAAUUGAAUUUGGAUUUGAGUGGAUUCUGAAUAUCCUGCUUAUCUUGAAGAGAGAAGCUUCAUAAGGAAUAAGCAAGUUAAAUAGAGAAAACACUGAUCGAUAAUAGGCAUUUUAGUGGUCUUUUUAAUGUUUUCUGCUGUGAAACAUUUCAAGAUUUAUUGAUUUUUUUUUUUUCCAUUUCCCCAUCACUUUCACACGCACGCUCACACUUUUUAUUUGCCAUAAUGAACCGUCCAGCCCCUGUGGAGAUCUCCUAUGAAAACAUGCGUUUUCUGAUAACUCACAACCCUACCAAUGCUACUCUCAACAAGUUCACAGAGGAACUUAAGAAGUAUGGAGUGACAACUUUGGUUCGAGUUUGUGAUGCUACAUAUGAUAAAGCUCCAGUUGAAAAAGAAGGAAUCCACGUUCUAGAUUGGCCAUUUGAUGAUGGAGCUCCACCCCCUAAUCAGAUAGUAGAUGAUUGGCUAAAUCUGUUAAAAACUAAAUUUCGUGAAGAGCCAGGUUGCUGUGUUGCAGUGCAUUGUGUUGCAGGAUUGGGAAGGGCACCUGUGCUGGUUGCACUUGCUUUGAUUGAAUGUGGAAUGAAGUAUGAAGAUGCAGUUCAGUUUAUAAGACAAAAAAGAAGGGGAGCAUUCAAUUCCAAACAGCUGCUUUACUUGGAGAAAUACCGACCUAAGAUGCGAUUACGCUUCAGAGAUACCAAUGGGCAUUGCUGUGUUCAGUAGAAAGAAAUGUAACGAAGGCUGACUUGAUUGUGGCAUUGAGAGGGAACUCUUGGUACCUGGAAAUGUGAAUCUGGAAAUCUUACCUGUGUCAUCGAAGUAGUGAUGGAUUCAGUAUUCCUCAACCACUCUCCUAAUGAUUGGAAAAAAGCAAACAAAAGAAAUCCCUCUAUAACACGAAUAAAAUGUUUAAGAAAAGAAAAAGAGAAAGAAAAAGGGAUUAAUUUAGUGAAGGAUGAUUUUGCUCCUGGUUUUGGAGUUUGGAUUUCUGCUAGGAUUGAAUUAUUUCAUAAUCUUCUGUCUUUUUAACUUUUUUCAAAAUAGGUCUCUAAGGAAAACCAGCAGAAUAUUAGCCUGUGCAGAACCAUCUUGUUUGGGGAGCACACUCUUCCAUUAUGCUUGGCACAUAGGUCUCCCUGUGGUGGGAUUUUUUUUUUUUUCCUUUUUUGGGGGGAGGGUGGUAUAUUUCCCCCCUCUUUUCUCUUUUCUCUCCUACUUCCUAUUUUUCCCUGAUAUAAGUUGUAGAUGGAAUAGGAGAAGCCCUUGUUGCUGUAGAUGUACGUGCAGUCUGGCAGCCUUAAGCCCACCCGGGCACUUUUAGAAAAAACACCAAAAAAAAAAAAAGCAGUGGCAUAUAUACAUUAUGUGAUCCAGGUGGUUAUUAGUUUUUAUUGAUGACGGGGUGUUCAUGUUCAUGUUAGUUUCUUUUCCUCAAAACCAUAUCUAACGUUAGAGUAGCCAAGAGCUUUUUGUUUUGACAAAUUAGUAGGGAAAUGGCAUUUUAAGAGGAGUCUCUUCUCAAAGAACUUAGCUGAGAGUCGAAUUCUUGUCUUUCCCAACCAAUGAAGCUAAGUGGGUAUCCCAGAAACUUAUCUGCUGAAAGGGAGGACUCCAGGCCAUCACUAAUGAAGUGUUCAGGCAGAGAGCACACUUUCUCCACCCUAUAGAAUUGUGGGCUGUAGCAUUACUCUGAUUUUCUGUCUAAUGAUAUCAGAGAAUGCCGGUAGUUUAAAAUUUUUAUUUUAGGACUUAGUUGUACUCUGAAUUUUCUGGAACAGUCAAAGGAUUAGUAGCAAAUUCACAGUACUUUGGACUUUAGAAAUGCUAAUGGUGGGUAUUUUCCAAACUGCCCCAUAUAUGUACAGUUUAGUUUAACCACUGAUUGCCUUGUUAUUUUCUUACUGGGUUCUUUUUGAGGUUAAAAAA